AUGGCAGAACAAGACGUCGAUCUCGACUCUAUCAUUGAUAGACUGCUAGAAGUUAGAGGCAGCAGACCAGGCAAACAAGUACAGCUUUUGGAACAAGAAAUUCGUUAUCUCUGCACCAAGGCUCGCGAAAUUUUCAUCUCUCAACCCAUCCUCUUAGAGCUUGAGGCACCAAUCAAGAUUUGUGGUGAUAUUCAUGGACAAUAUUAUGAUCUCCUCCGUUUGUUUGAAUAUGGUGGAUUCCCUCCCGAGGCAAACUACCUCUUCCUUGGUGAUUAUGUCGAUAGAGGCAAACAAUCUCUCGAGACUAUCUGCUUGCUCUUAGCAUACAAGAUCAAAUAUCCAGAAAACUUCUUCAUCCUUCGCGCGAUCAUCGAUGAAAAGAUCUUCACUAUGCACGGCGGUUUAAGUCCAGAUUUGAACUCCAUGGAGCAAAUCCGUCGUGUCAUGCGACCAACUGAUAUUCCUGAUUGCGGUCUCCUUUGCGAUCUCCUCUGGUCCGACCCGGAUAAGGAUAUCACAGGCUGGAGCGAAAACGAUCGUGGUGUAUCUUUCACAUUCGGUCCCGAUGUCGUUUCUAGGUUCUUACAAAAGCAUGAUAUGGAUUUGAUAUGCAGAGCUCAUCAGGUCGUCGAAGAUGGUUACGAGUUCUUCUCAAAGCGGCAAUUGGUUACACUAUUCAGUGCGCCCAAUUAUUGCGGAGAGUUUGACAAUGCCGGAGCCAUGAUGAGCGUGGAUGAGAGUUUGCUAUGUUCAUUCCAGAUUUUAAAACCAGCGGAGAAAAAACAAAAGUACGUCACAGCAGGUGGUCUUGGUGCCUCCAGCAGGCCCGUCACUCCGAGGAAGAAAUAA